UCUUCUGACGCACAUUCCCUCUUUUUUGAUUCUCAAAUCUCUGAGAUUCUUCUGAAAAUGGCGAAAUUCAUUGCUUUCUGUUGUUGUCUUCUUUUGAUGAACGUCGCUUUCUCUUUGGAACAAACGGAGGAAGUUCCGCCAUCUUCACCCCCUGAAUCUGCUGUAAGUUUUCCUCCACUGUCCUCUCCUAUUCCAUUUCCUCACGUUCCGGCGAGUUCACCGGUGGAAUCGCCUUUGCACUCUCCUCCUGCGCCUCCGCCCUCAGAUCUCGUUCCCAGUCCAUCUCCUGCGCGUGUUCCUUCUCCGUCACCGAAUCUGGCCCCAACGCCAGCGGCCGAUAGCGAUUUCCGUAACAGCAUUUCUAAUAACGGUGGAGUAGAGUCAGAAUCCUCCAAAGGAGGGAUGAAUGGAGGAAAGAAGGCUGGAAUUGCAGUUGGAGUGAUUGCCGCAGCUUGUUUCGUUGGAAUAGGAGGAAUCGUGUACAAGAAGCGCCAAGACAACAUUCGUCGAUCUCAGUACGGGAACGCUGCUAGAUCUUCGUUCUUAUGAGUUACGAGGAACUGAAUGUCGAUGAUUCUGGAUUAUAAUGAGCUAUAGGAGUUACAGGUAGUGAUGAAGCUUGCUGCUUCAACCUAGGAGUAAAGAUUGUGGCCAUGGACAAG